AUGCAGGAGAUUAGAGAGAUGCUCUAUCAGAAUGUCCAGGAUUUGAAUACUGUUAAGAACUCUUUAAUUGAUUGCUAUAGAUUACCUAAAUCAAAGAGAUAGCAAUAAAUAAGAGUUGUGGAUCAGUUCUUAAUUGACUUAAAUGAUGAAAUAGUGGACAUUAAUGCUGAAAUUAGCAAGGGCCAUUUGAAUGAUGGAAUUGUAGAGGAUUUCAGAAUGAGAGUAAAUGAACUUAUUAGUUCAAUAUAGGAGAAUAUUAAUACAGAUGAGAUUGAUAAGUUCUUAGAAGAGCAAAAUAGUCAAGAUCUUUCUGUCUAGUAUAGAGUAAUUACUCAGACUUACUAAGUAAAGUCACCUAACUCACUCAGGUCAUUCAAGAUAAUGACAAACGUUAAAAGGACUGCCAAUCAUGGAUCUGUGAAUAAGAGUAUAUUAUCUCUUAGCAAGGAAAGAUUGAAUAGAGAAUUAGACGAAAAGUAUUAGCAAUUCGCUUAUAACUCUAAAAUAGAGAAUACGAAAAUUUCCAAUCCCUCUAUUGUAUUGCAAAUAGUUGAUACUAAAAACAAGCCAUCUCUGACGAUGAGAAGAUCUAGUUCAUACAUUGAUAACAAUAGUAUUCGGGAUAAAGAAAAUAUUAGUGUUUAAUCGAAUUAUCACAUUACAGAUCACAGAUCUAUUUUGAAUAAUCCAUUGCUACAAUCUAAGAGAAAUGAUAAGGAGAUCAUACCUAAGUCAAAGGUUUAAUUUUCCACUAUCUACUCUAAUGAUGGAAAGUCUAGCAUAAAAUCUUCAUUUAAGUUAUCAGAUAUCAGAGACUCCUUUUAAUAGGAUAGUAUACAGCCGAAAAAAGGCUUUUAAAUCAAAUAUCUGGAAUCGAUUCAAUCUUAAUAAACUAAUUAGAAGGAUAUGUAUUCAGACUGGGUGAGUAAACGGUUGAAUAGUACAAAUUAAUCGAAGUUAUCGAGUAUCAGAAUGAGCUAUUCAAGAAAAUGA